AAAAUACAUAAUAUACACAAUAAAUAAAAAUGCUUGGUUACAGUAAUAUUUAAUAAACAAAAAUAUUUCAUAUUUGAACAAGUAUUUAAUGUUACACAUUUUUCAAAAAUGACCAACCAAGGGAAUCAUUUAGUUAACAACAAACGUGAAGAUUUCAGAAAAUAUUUAAAUGACUUUGGAGUUGUUGAUGCUUUGACCAAUGUAUUAGCAGACCUUUAUAGUUUGGAAAUAAGACCAACAGAUCCAUUGGAUUAUAUUCGUACUCACAUGACUGAAAUUGUUAAGGAAAGAGAAGAACUAAAAAUAUUGAAGGCUAACUAUGAAAGUAUGGUCAGUCAAAUUCAAGAAAUGGAAGAAGAAAAUAUGAAACUAGCAAAGACAAUUAAAGAGUUAGAAAACUACGGGGAAGAACUGAGCAAAUCCAAGUUAGAAGAAACUGAUGAGAUUAACAUUGGAACAGAAUAAUGAAAUAACUAACAUGCAUUUUUUGGCGGAUUAACUGUAAUAAUACAAUAGAAUAAAAUAAAAUAUAAAACUAAAGUACUUCAAUAAUUUAA